CUCUUUGCCAUUUUUGCCUUUGGAGCCUGUGGUUCUUUCAGUGCAGAAACAGGGGCUACUGUGAAAUGUACCAAGCCCCCUAAGGAGACAACUGCUAUUACUGUGCAGUUUGGAUAUCCUUUCAGGUUAUAUAAAAUCCCAUUUGAUAUGCCAGAUUGUAUCGAAGGAUCAACUGCUAAAAGAGUACUGCAUCUCAUGGGAGACUUUUCUGCACCAGCUGAAUUCUUCGUGACCUUGGGUGUUUUUACUUUUCUAUAUACUAUGGCAGCUCUUGCAGUAUAUCUACGAUUUCACUCCCUCUAUAAGGAGAAUAAAAAGCUACCUUUUGCGGACUUCUGUGUGUCUGUCUCAUUUACCUUCUUUUGGCUAGUGGCAUUUUCAGCUUGGGGCAAAGGUCUAUCAGACGUGAAAGGAGCAACACGGCCUUCCAGCCUUAUUGCAGCCAUGUCAGUGUGUCAGUUCAAAAACGCCGUGUGCAAUGCUGGGGCCACUCCUUCUAUGGGUUUGGCCAACAUCUCUGUGCUGUUUGGUUUUGUCAACUUUAUACUCUGGGCUGGAAAUUGCUGGUUUGUUUUUAAGGAAACCCCGUGGCAUGCACAGACCACCAACAAGGAAAGUUCUGCUGAACAAGGGGCUGUUGAUAAGCAGUAAGGAAACCCCACCCCA